AUGGUGUGUCUACUGUUUGCUGUGACUCCUGUGUUUGUGCAGAAGAUAGAGGAUGUCCUUCUGAAUGUCACAAUAGCUGAUGUUCCUGAAGAAGAUACUGUUAUCUGGAGAUUCAAUAAAACAGUUAAUUUAGUACGAUUUUUACCUGGGAACCUCGGAACAAAAGUCACUGAUGAUUACUCUGGAAGGAUUGAGUUGCUUGAGAAAUACUCUGUGAAAUUGAAGAAUCUACAAGAGGCAGACAGUGGAGUUUAUACUGUAGUAGUGUCUGGGGAUAAAGAAAAACAAAUAACUGGAUACAAGAUCACAGUUCAAGAUCCAGUGUCUCCAGUUAAACUGUCAGUGGACUCUGUGUCCAGCAGCUCAGACUGGUGUAACCUGACAGUGAGCUGCAGAGCACAGGACUCUCACAUUAACAGCACCUUUAGAUGUCUCAACCACACCUGCAGUCAGGAGGGAGGAGAGAGACCACAGGUCACACCCUCUGCUGCUGAUCUCCAUGUCUACCUGGCCACUGGCUCCAUCAUCUGUAACCAUAGCAACCAGGUCAGCUGGAAAAAGGACAUGAAAACAAUUACAAAUGUCUGCCCCCGACAUGCUGGUCCAGAGAGUGUCUCUGCUGGUCUCUCUGUGUGCCUGCUGAAGACAGCCGUGUUCUCCGUUGGUCUGAUCAUCAUGGUGGCUGCCCUCAUCACUGUUCACCUCAUGGAGAAGCUCAAGAAGCACGAAUAAAAACGUAAAGUUAAAGUAGGUGGCAGUAACACACCAGGAAAUGCACCAACAAAGGAGAGGAGGUAGAAGGCUGCAAGCCAGAUAACGUGGAUGCAAACAAUGUAAGAUUU